GGCGCUUUCCGUCGAUGGUUCGGUGCCUCCAUCGGCUUGACGGCUGCCACGCACGUCGCUCCACUCACUUUUUUGGCAGCUUUCUUGCAAUCUCCCCAGCCUCUUGGCAGCUCGACGGACGUGCUUCAUUCCCCAAUCCAACUGCAAACAAAGUGAAGUUCAAAGUUGCCGGGAGGAUGAAAAAGGCAACCAAGGCCUUGAGCAACAAAGAAACCAAGCCAGAGUUUCCGAAAUUUAGUGAACUUCUGCACGCAGCUUCGCAUUCUUCCGAAGACCUCGACAUCAUCGACUCGUGGUCGUCAAGUUCGGACACGGACGAGCACGAUGCGGAAGAGUCCAACACGGCAAAAAUGUGCCGCUACUCGAGAUGCUCGAACGCAGCACGUAGUCGUGGACUGUGUCCGGCACAUGGAGGAGGAACACGUUGCCGUAUCCAAGGCUGCGUGAAGCAUGUUGUCUCUGGAGGUCUGUGUGUGGCUCACGGUGGCAGUCGUCGUUGCCGUGGCUCGCCUAGUUGCUCUAGUACUGCUGUGAGUCGAGGACUGUGUGUGCAACACGGUGGCGGACGCAAAUGCAGUCACGAAGGUUGCAACAAGCACGUGGCUUCUGGUGGCUUGUGUCGAACUCAUGGAGGAGGACGACGUUGCCAAGUGCAGGACUGUAUGAGUAGUGCUCAAAGUCGAGGACUUUGCUACGUCCAUGGCGGAGGAGGACGUUGCCAACGUGACGGAUGUGGCUCUAGUGCCAAGAAAGGAGGCUUCUGUAUCGCACACGGUGGAGGACAUCGCUGUCAAGUGGACGGUUGUACCAGUAGUGCUCUUGCCUCCACGUAG